UUCUCACAGCAGUACGGCGACACUAUGCCUCCCAAAGCAUCAGGAAAGGCUGCCAAGAAAGCUGGCAAGGCACAGAAGGCCAUUGCCAAGGGCGACAAGAAGAAGCGCAGGAGGAAGGAGAGCUACUCCAUCUACAUCUACAAGGUGCUCAAGCAAGUCCACCCAGACACUGGCGUGUCCUCCAAGGCCAUGUCAAUCAUGAACUCGUUCGUGAAUGACAUUUUCGAGCGCAUCGCUGCCGAGGCAUCCCGCCUGGCACACUAUAACAAGCGCUCCACCAUCACCAGCCGGGAAAUCCAGACCGCUAUCCGUCUUCUUCUGCCUGGUGAACUGGCAAAACACGCUGUUUCUGAAGGCACCAAGGCUGUUACCAAGUAUACCUCCUCCAAGUAAACAGGCGGCCAGUAUACUGCUGCCAGUAUAAAAUAAUACCCGGCUCCAUUGGAGCCAC